ACAAAUAUAGGCUGGCCUUUGUUUUCAUCAUACACAUCCAUCCCUCGGAAACCCGGGCCCCGUUGGCAUAGCGCCUCAAUUUCCCAGACUACAUUGCUUCUUGCCACAUCCGCCAUAUUGCCUUCGCCUAAACGCGCUGACUGGAUCCGCUCGUACCCACAACUGAAAAUUGUUGCAGUGAUGACUCAGGCAGUUCAGACCAACGGGGUUCAACCCCUCAGUAAGACCUGGGAACUGAGUCUGUAUGAGCUACAGAGAACUCCACAGGCACAGGAGGCAAUAACAGAUGGACUGGAAAUAGCAGUGUCGCCCAGGUCCCUGCACAGUGAACUCAUGUGUCCUAUCUGCCUGGACAUGUUGAAGAACACAAUGACAACCAAAGAAUGUCUGCAUCGCUUCUGCGCUGAUUGUAUCAUCACAGCUUUAAGAUCCGGUAAUAAAGAGUGUCCUACCUGUCGUAAGAAGCUGGUGUCCAAGAGGUCGUUGCGUCCAGACCCUAAUUUUGAUGCUCUGAUUAGCAAGAUUUAUCCCAGCCGAGACGAGUACGAAGCCCACCAAGAGAGAGUGUUGGCUCGCAUUAGCAAACACAACAACCAGCAAGCCCUGUCCCACAGCAUAGAGGAGGGGCUGAAGAUACAGGCUAUGACCAGACUGCAGCGCGGUAAGAGACACACGGUGGAGAAUGGUAGCGGAGCUGAGGACAAUGGAGACUCCUCCCACUGUAGCAACGCUUCUGUCCACAGCAACCAGGAGGCAGGUCCGAGCAUUAAGCGCACCAAGACGAGCGAUGACAGCGGCCUAGACAUGGACAACGCUGCGGAGAAUGGGGGCGGGGACUCUGUGAUCGAUGGUGGUGCCAGUGAAAUAGAACUGGUGUUUAGGCCACAUCCCACCCUGAUGGAGAAGGAUGACGGUCACAACAGUGUGGAGUUUGUCCCUCGCUACAUUAAGACGUCCGGUAACGCUACAGUAGACCACCUGUCUAAAUACCUGGCUGUCAGACUGGCUCUGGAGGAGCUGAGAAGAAACGCGGAGGCCAGUCCUGUUAACGUGGAGGCAGCUUCAGAGAAACAGUACACCAUUUACAUACCUACUGCUGGAAACCAGUUCACUGUUCUGAAUGGCUCCUUCUCCCUUGAGCUGGUCAGCGAAAAGUACUGGAAGGUGAACAAACCCAUGGAGCUCUACUUUGCUCCUACUAAAGAACACAAGUAGGCACACAUAAAAAACACACACAUGCACAUACACACAC